GAAAACAUGGCAGCACAACCACGUGCGGUCCUGCUGCUGUAUUUGACCCUAGUGCUGCCUACAGCGUCCGCAGUACACACUAAAAGUUACAACAAAAUACUGGACGUGGAACCAACUGCAAGCGAGCGCCUGAUAAAAAAGGCUUACCGCAACCUUGCCGUCAUGCAUCACCCAGAUAAAAACGGGAAUGACGGUUCAGAGAAGACAUUCAGGGAGAUAGUUGAAGCAUACACACUGCUCUCCAACAAGGAAAUGAGGAGACUCUAUGACACUCUGGGCCAUGACACCUUCAUGAAGAACAAGGCCUUUUUGGACUACUCGAAUAAAGAUGAGAAGAAACUCGACUUCAGUUUUUUAGACAUGCAUGAUAUUUUUGGUGAUGAGAUGAACUUCCACUGGCACUUCUCUCAUGAUGGGCAAGAUAAGGGUGGUUUACAUGGAUAUUCCAAUUUUAUUGAUCAGUAUUUUGGGGAUGAAAAUGAAGAUUAUUUCUAGAUGAGCUUGUGUGUGUGAUUUCAACUUUAUUCCCGUGUGUGCGUGCAUCUGUGUGUCAACAUAAUAAAAUCAUUCAAUUGUAAGAUUGGUUUUCAGUAGCUAUUUGCUCAUAUUUCUAUUGGACGUCUUGUAAAUUCAACCCUUCUUUACAGGUCACUGAUUGGGUUGUCAUGCCCCCUUCUCCCAUGUGGGUGUGUCGAAAGGCCUGAGUUACUGACUAACACCAUUUACUCCUUUUUUUCCCUUGGCCAGCAUUUUAGAUUUGGCACAGUUGUACUCCAUUUCUCAUCUAACAAACGUGCACUUUGACCCAAAGGAUAUCCUGUGCCUUCUCAGCAGUUGCAGCUCGAGCGCGUUGCAGCAAGCUGACAAAAAAUCUUUAGAGCUCUUAAUGCACACUUUUCCUCGUACAAAUAAGGACUUAUAACCAUUUCCUGCUGCAGAAACUAAACGAAUCGGAAAACAUUGGCUCGCAAGAUUGAAGAUGAUGGAAGAAGUGAAAGAAGAGGCGCCUUGUCUGAGCGUUCAUGGUCAUAGCGUCAAGGUUACAGAGGUGCUGCAGGACGGGGAUGGACUUACCUUUUUAAUAGUCUCACAAAAACUGUCUGGCACAGGGGAGUACCAUGUUGACCGGACAUAUGAAGACUUUGAAUGGCUGCAGCAGCAUUUAUUCAAUCAAGAGGACGUACCUGGGAUACAGGGAGUCAUAUUUCCUCCUCUUCCUGCUAAAGCUCAGACGAACACACCAGCAAAGGCCAUCAAACAGCUUGGCUUCCUUGCUUUGGGAGAGCUGCGGCCAUACUGUACAGCAUUGCAGAACUUCCUCCACCAGGUGGCAGCACACAACCUACUCAGAAAAAACAAUGCUCUGGAAAUCUUCCUCACCAGCUCUGAUCCGCCAGGUCGACAGAGAGCCCGGAAAAACAUUUUUAAUCGUUUGAGUCAAGCGGUGGAAGAGAUGAGAAAAGAAGGCCACAAGGAUAUUGAUGAGUUCUUUCAGACCAAACGGGACGUCAGUCUCGCUUUAACCACCAGCACCAAAACCGCAGUGGAUAAAUUCCUUGAUGUGGUGCUAGCCGAGCAAAAAAUAGCUGUGGCCUGUGGGCACUUUGCAACUGCCCUGCAUCUGUGUGUAGAAUCGGGGGAUGAUCCAGACAAAGCAGCUUUUUCGAAGAUUUGUAUAAAACUAUCAGACAUCUUUGAGUCAAUGAAGAAGGGUAUGGCAAGUGUUGCCGAUAAUGAUUUGAGCACUCUCGGACUUGGCCUGGAUCUCAAGUUACGCUAUCAGGAAGCAGAAAAAGAAAUGCUUUUCAGAAGGACCUGCAAACUAGUGGAGUUGGAAACUGCCAGAAAGAACGCAGAGAAGGCCAAGCCAGUAAAGAAGGCUGCUUUGGAGGAGGUGAAGAAAGCAGCAGAGACAGAGUUUGAUCACAUUUGUGAAGUUGCAAAGCAGGAGAUCGAGCACUUCGAAAGUGCGCGUGUUGAGAUGUUUCGGCAGGCUCUGGUGAAGUGGUGUGAAAAGCAACUCCACACAGCCCGGGAAAUUGCUGAGCAGUACGAGCAGCACCUCCAGACCUUCAGAGGGAUGUAGGCCCCUUUUCCACCACUUGCACUCCCAGUAUGUUUAAACAUGGUUGAAUUUCAGUCGAAUCGGAAAUACGAACCAUCUCAAAGAUCCAUUCAAUGUCAAUGAUUAGCUGUUCAUUUUCGACAAUACUUUGUUGUAGCUGUAGGCUGUUAUAAUCCACCCCAAAUAAAGUCUGACAAAUUGAA